CGUUUUGAAUACAGUUACCAUCGAGGAACUAUUGGAGAACUUCUGAUUUUCCGGUUGAGGGUUUAGUUUGUUGAUCUAAGCGUUAACGGAGAUGGUAAUAUGGCGUCAAUUGGGCUGCCAAACCUGGAAUACGGUGGCCUUUAGGCCAUGCGAUGUAAAUUGGAAGAGAAGUGGACUGGCCUCUUCGAUAUGAGUUCUUGUCCUCCCUACUCAUCUUAUUGAUAAUGUUAACAUCUAAGGUUCUUGGUAGAUUUACCAAGGGUAAAUCUUUUCUGCCCAACACAUAUAGUCCUACUUUUAUAAGCACUUUGAUGCCAAUAGCUUCUGAAAAGCAUUUCAGCACUGGUGUGGAUGCACUUGAAAGCAACCACCCUGUAGCAUCUAAAAGCCAAGUACAUGACAUGGAAGCUGGAAAUUGCAGUUAUGGAGGGAAACUUGGCUCAUCAAAAAGUCAAAUUGAUGUGACUACUGGAGAGCCAUUUCCAUCGAAAAGACUAACAAGGAUGUCUCUACAACAAUGCAGACAUCAACCGCCUGUUGUUGGUAGUCUACGUCCACAUAUAUGCAUGUCAAGUUCUAAUUACAGCACGCAGUGCAUUGAUAGUAUUACGACAAAUUUACAACAUAAGUUAUUAGUCAACAUCCCAAGAUAUGUCAAGAUAGUUGAAGUUGGUCCACGGGAUGGGCUGCAGAAUGAGAAGGAUAUCGUACCUACUGCCGUAAAAGUUGAAUUGAUCAAAUUGUUGGUUAAUUCAGGAUUGCCGGUUGUUGAAGCAACUAGUUUUGUCUCACCAAAAUGGGUACCACAGUUGGCAGAUGCAAAAGAUGUAAUUGAAGAAAUUAGAAGUGUUAGGGGUGCUAGAUUCCCUGUACUAAUACCAAAUCUGAAGGGAUUAGAGGCGGCUAUUGCAGCUGGAGUGAAGGAAGUCGCAGUGUUUGCUGCAGCUUCUGAGUCCUUUUCACGUGCAAACAUUAAUUGUACUAUAAAUGAAAGUCUUGCCCGUUAUCGUGAUGUUGCUUCUGCUGCUAAGGAACGCUCACUCCCUGUACGCGGGUACGUAUCAUGCGUUGUCGGAUGUCCAAUGGAAGGAGCAGUGCAUCCAACCAAAGUGGCCUACGUUGCCGAGGAACUUCUAAAAAUGGGCUGUGAUGAAAUUUCCCUCGGUGAUACCAUCGGGGUUGGUACUCCUGGUUCCGUUAUCCCUAUGAUCGAGGCCGUUAAAAGUGUUGUCCCUUUAGAGAAGCUUGCUGUACAUUUUCAUGAUACCUACGGGCAAGCCCUUUCGAAUAUCCUUAUAUCACUGCAAAUGGGGAUUAGUGUGGUGGAUUCAUCUGUAUCGGGUCUUGGUGGUUGCCCGUAUGCCAAAGGUGCAAGUGGUAACGUAGCCACGGAGGAUGUUGUAUAUAUGCUUAACGGGCUUGGUGUAAAGACCAAUGUGGAUCUUCGAAAGCUCACGUUGGCUGGAGAUUUUAUCAGGAGACAUUUGGGUCGGCCCUCCGAGUCUAAAGUUGCAACCGCGUUGAGUAAAACCGCAUUUUGCGCAUCCAAAUUAUAAGGCACCAUGAAACUUUUUGGUGUCGAUUGAAGUUAUUUCAUAUGGAUUACGAUAAUCUUGGCAUCGCGGGUGAUGUGAUAAAACGUUUCUAUUUUAGUGUCGGUAGUUACCCCUUUGUCCGAAAAUAUGUGUCCAAGUUCUUAUUUUAGUAUGUCCCAAAAUAAGGGUCCACUUUCACAGGUAAAUGCACAUUUCACAAUUCUAUCCUUAAUUAUAAGAUGGAGAAAGUCAUUACUGCCUCUGUUAUUAAGGGUAACAUUGUCAUUUAGUUAAUUAAAAACGUUUCUAAAA